UUGAAAAAAAUUGUUAUUUAUUGUAUUCCUUGUUGUAGUCGUCACCAUUACUUGUGCAAGUAUCUUAAUUAAAAUGCGUUCACAAUUAAACGUAUGCACAGUGUUAAUUGCGUUUACAAUUUUCCCUUCGUGGACCUACGAUCAUUCCUAUCAAUUCAAUGCAUCAGAUAUAUUUGAACUUAAUUACUUAAAUGAGUUAGUAGACCCUUGCGAUAAUUUUUAUGAAUUCACUUGUGGAAAUUUCGAGAAAUACCACCCAUUACCUCCGGGGGAAAACGUUUGGGACAAUUUUUAUAUUUUACAAGAACAGAUACAUAAGAUAGCAAAGACGAUUUUGCAGCAGCCUAUUAAACAAACUGACGCCGUUUCUUUAAGGAAAGCAAAAUCUGCAUAUUCGGCUUGCGUCGAUUUAGAUUACAUUGAUAAGAAUAGACCGAGAGAUUUAGAAAUUAUAGAAGAUUUGGAUGGAUGGCCUAUAAUUCAGGACAUUGAGUUCGAAACAAUUAAUUUCGAUUUUGAAGAUAUCGCAAAAGUAACAUCUAAAUACGGUGUAGAAUUUUUAUUCAACUUCGAGGUUGUGCCCAAUCUGUUCAAUGCUACCGAAAAUGUUCUUUAUAUUACGGCCGAUAAUUUAAAUAAUGCAGGUGUUUAUAAAAAGGCAAAGGGUGAAACUGAUCAGAAAUUGAAGAAUUUUUCAUCGUCUGCUUUUGAAAACUUUUUACAAAAAGUCGUACAAAGGGCUAGACAUAUCACAAACAGGACUCCUACGUUGUACGACCGAAUAUGGCAUGAAAUACAACAAAUAACAAAUUUUACUAACGUUUUAGCACAAGGUGGAUACGCAAAUACGUCAUACGGUACCACUGUUGUUAUUGAAACUAUUGAAUCUUUACAAAAUUGGACUAACACACAUUUCGGUGAAAAAAUAAAGUUAAACUGGCUAAAAUUCAUAAACAUUAUCGUCGAACCCACGGGAACAAAAGUAAUUAACGCAACGAAGAUUAUGUUAACAUCCCGAUCCAUUUUGUAUGGAAUAUUAAAAUUAUUUGAAGAAACACCGCCGCACGUUCUAAAAAAUUUUGUCAUAGCCAGACUUUUGUUAGUUAUGGCUCCCGAUCUCGAUAAAGAAAUGAGAAAUUAUCACAGAGAAUUUUACAACGAUCACAACUUGACAUUAUACGAAAGACCAGAAUACUGUGUGAGAAAAAUUUUGGACUACCCCAACCACAUAGGGUUCUCUUAUGCCUUGGCAAACGAAUACUACCACAAUUAUUUUAACAAAGAUAAAAUCAUAUUGAUAACAGAUAUAGUGGACAAAAUCUACGAAAGCUUCAUACAGUUGCUGUAUGAAGCCGAAUGGUUAGACGAAGCGACUAAACAAAUUGCAAUCGAUAAAAUCGAAGAAAUGUAUCUACUUUUAGCAUUUCCUAACUGGACAGUCAAUCAAACGGAAGUUGAUGAUUAUUACAAAAAUUUACGAAUAUGCAGUUGGGAUCAUUUCGGAAAUUCGCGAAGUUUGAGACUCCUCAGAAUGGCCACAAAAUUGUCGCAAACUUCCAAUAUAAGGGACCGCCAAAUAUGGUCAAUGUCCCCUUUAGAAAUAAAUGCAUACUAUUCUUCGCAAAGUAACCGAAUACAAUUACCAAUCGCAAUGUUAAAUCCAAUAUUUUACAACGGUUUCAUCGAAUCUUUUGAUUAUGGAAGACUGGGAAUGAUCAUCGGACAUGAAAUAACACAUGCCCUGGACAAUCAAGGCAGAUAUUACGAUAAAUUUGGAACUUAUGCUGGAAACUGGUGGUCUUCAAAUGUGUCCCGAACAUUCGAAGAAAGACAAAAAUGUUUUAUAGACCAGUACAGUAAAUAUUACAUACCAGAAACUUCAAAUAAUGUAAAUUCAGUCAACACCGUUAGAGAAAAUAUCGCAGAUAAUGGUGGACUCAGGACUGCAUAUUACGCGUUUAUAAAAUCCGAAGCAACCAGAUCGCGCAUUUUAAGUAAAUACACCCCUGAACAAUUAUUUUUUAUCGGUUUUGGAACCCUUUGGUGCAGCAAAGAAACUAAGGGAUAUUUGUAUUCAAAUCAAGACAGCACCUACCCCCCGAACAGAUAUAGGGUAAUAGGUCCGGUAUCAAAUAUGAAGGAGUUUGCAGCAGCUUUCAAUUGUGCCCCAAACAGUAGUAUGAACCCACAAGCAAGAUGCAUAUUGUGGUAAUAAAAUGUGGCUACGGUUUAUUUAAUCCUCAGUGUUAUUUGCAGUUCCCAAUAAAAUAAUUAUGUGGGACAGA